AAUCAUAUCAGAGAGGUGUAGGGUAAGAAACCAGCCAUACAUGUCUGUUCUGCUCACUCGUGCAGUUACUGAAACAGCUUGCACUUCACUGCCAGCCGUCAAGCACACUCUCCCUUUCACAUUGUCAUAUUGGCCUAGUGUGUGACCGUAGUGGUCAGCGAUAAUGUUAUGCACGCUUAGAGUCUUAAUUGGAACAUGUGUAUGUGUCAAUGGUAUGUUUCGCUCAAGACCCUGAAGGUGCUGUGUUGUUGUGAACAAGACCUACACGACUCUGUUAUUAUCGGGAAGUGAUGAUGCAUGUGAUACUGAUCACGUUAUUCUCUGAAAUAAUACUAAGCAAGAGAAAUUGUUGAAAAUCCAAAAAUAUUCAUUGAUAAAUACAGAUGAAGACAACAUCGGAAAAGAACUAUAAAAAGAAGAAAUUACAAUAUUCAUGUGCAACAAACAAUAACAAUUUUCGAUGUUCUUGAACUGUGACAGGAAUUUAUAGCAGACUUCUAGAGGAAGCAGAAGGCAUGUCUGUGGACGACACCAGCCGGCAGAAGACGAGAGCUCCUGACGGAGGCUGGGGCUGGAUGGUGGCCUUCGGAUCGUUCCUCAUGCUGGCUCUGGUGCCUAUGAUAUCCCUCUCCUUCUCCAUACUAUUCUCCGGGUUCCUGAGAGAACAGAAGGCUUCAUCCACCACCAUCGCUUGGAUCUUCAACCUGCAUAUAUUCAACUGGAAUCUUGUCGGGCUCUUGACUGGUCCGCUCGCCUCAGAAUUCGGCUUCCGGAAAGUUAGCCUAAUGGGCACGGCAGCCGCUUCCGUCUUUCUUAUACUGACUUCCUUCACCGACUCAAUCGGUGGACUUAUGGUUAACUUCUCCCUUUGUGGAAUAUUUGGUGGCCUCGGAUGCAAGCCCUGUUUCAUACUGAUCCCUAUGUACUUUGAUAAAAAAAGGGGUCAAGCAGUUGCUAUUUUGAUGGCUGGCAUUGCUUUGGGUCAAUUCAUGGGCCCCCCUAUAGUCAGGCUCUUGCUAGAGCAUUAUGCACUCAGAGGCGCUGGUCUGAUCAUAGGAGCCGUUCUUCUGAACAGCUGCGUCGGCGCUGCAUUCUUCCAACCUGUAGAAUGGCAUUUAAAACCAUAUGAUGAAGAAACUCCCGAAAUAUUACCUGUCGCCGAUAAAUCUAUUGAAGGUAGUUACAUGAAUAGCGAUGAAACAGCGAAUGAUGAUGGUGAUGACGUGCUUGGGAGAAAAGGACAUCGUGUGAUAUCUGGAGAGGUUGGAAGGCGAGCAAUGCAGAGGAGCUGCAGUUUACAUUCUGAUGAGUGCUCUUCUGUAUCAAUGGCUGUCUCUUUGAUUGACCUGACUAGCAUCUCCCUAAUCGUCCAGAAUGAGAUCGACACCCUAUCCACAGAUAAAGAAGAUGAAGAAGAAGAGGAAGCCAGUGGAACGAACAGAGCAUUGCUGACUGCGUCUAGAGUGAUUCGUUCCCUCAUAUCAGACCUCAAGAUCUUCAAGUCUCCCAGAGCACUCAUUAUAGCAAUUGCUGGUCUCUGUGUAGCUAAUAGCUACUUGAAUUUCCAUAUGAUUUUACCAUUUGCCAUUCAAAAUGCCGGUUACAGCCUUGAAGAUGCAGCUUGGUGCAUGUCCAUCGCUGCCGUCGCCAACCUGGUGGCUCGUCUCAGCACGUCGAGUCUCUCAGACUGUGCCUGGUUCAACAUGAGAUUUGUUUACAUGUUGGGGGCAGGAGUCGUAGCGGCUAGUACUCUAGUGUUCAGCUUCCUCAAGGACCUGACGUGGAUGAAGGUGACGAUGGGAGUGUGGGGCUACGGUGUGGGGACCAAUAUCUCCCUCUACACCCUCAUCAUGGCUAAGUACAUGGGUGUCCAGAACAUGGCAGCGAUAUUUGGUUGCCAAUCCCUCAUUAUGGCCUUCGGUCACAUCACGCUUGGCCCGCUCUUAGGUUUGAUCCGUGAUUUGAGUGGAAGCUACGCCGUGGCCAUGUGGGCGAUGUCAGCGGAGGUGUCGAUAUGCGUGGUCCUUUGGCUCUUCAUGCCCGCUGCCAUCGCCUACGACAAGAGAAUAGAGGCGCGUGCCUCUUCAAGACAUGUAGACAAGCUUGCAGAGUAAGAGUCCGUCGACAGCAUCUCGCCGGAAGCGACGGGAGUAAUGGUUACUGUGAAGACAUGAUGCGUGUCAAAAAAAAUAUAUUAACCUGCGAUGGUUACUCUGAUUUUAACAGGUUAAAAUACAGCAACGCAAGAGACAGGAACAGGAGUAUUAUGGUUUUAGGAUACAACCGAUCAAUUAUUAGUGUAGCAGCACUGAUUAUAUAUUGUAAUUUGAAUAAACCAACUUAAACAAUUUGGAUCUAUUCAGAAUAUAUUGUCGUUCAAACAAUGAAUAUUGCUCGUGUAAUGUAAUAUUCUGCAUAUAUAUAUGAUCAAGACUGUUCAUUGUAAUGAAAUUUAAAGGUAAAUUGCGGUAGCAAAAUAAAGAUAACUACUGUAGAAUACUAUAAAUAUGGAGAGAGCAGUGAGCAUAGUUUAUUAUAGAACAUUCAUAUUGAUAUAUGACCUAAAAUGUGAGCUAAUAUUUGCUCCUUCGGUUUCAGAGAAAUCUGAUAUUAAAUGGAUUGCUAUCAAUAAACACAAUAAAUAUGGCAGGUGACAUAUACCAAUUGAUCACUUUCGUGUUAUUGGUUGUGUGUAGAUAUGUUGAGGCUCUUGACAGUGUCUGGAUGAUUGUGCAUUGUCAGAUGCCUUGAAAGAGAUGUUAUUGUUAUUGCCUAUAUAUUGGCCAGCCUAUAUAUUGAGAUUGUUGGAGCUGACAGUCCCAUUGUGGGCAUGUGAAGGCAAAGAAGACAUUUGUCUCUUUCAGCACCAGAAUAAUCGACCGAUACUUGUCACCUGUCAUAUUUAUUGUACUUAAUGAUUGUAAUCUAACUUAUCAGAUUUUCGUAAAACGGACUAAAUUUAUUAGUUCAUUAGGUCAACUUACUGACCAUUUCCAGGAAGCAACUCAACAACCGCUGACUAACUCCCGGGUGCCUAUUUACUGUUAGGUGAACAGAUCUAUUAGAUGGAUGGAAACGUGGCAAACCAUUUCUGUCCCUGCCGGAAUUCGAACCCCGGAUUCCUGAUUGAGAUUCGAGAAUGAACCCAACUGUACUACCAAGACCCUGUGCUGAGGAUACCUGCAUAUAUAGAGACAAACUGCGAUUGAUUAAUAUAUUUGAUAUCGGAUUAUUUAUAUUCUGAAUCCUUUAAACGCAUGUUAUGUCGUAAUUAUUUAUGUUUCGUAAGUAAUUUAUAUACUACAAUAGUUUCCCGCCUCACUUGCAUCAUAUUAUGCUGUCAUAUGCAAAACUUUCCUAGAGACACGUAUAAGUCUAGUUAUUCAGCCUUAUGUUUACUUGUAUGCUCACGUGCCUUGUUUAUUGCAGUCAGUAUAUUAGUUGAAAAUAGUUUUCUUUAAAUUCAUAUUAUUUAAAAUCAUAUUUAAACUCAUAUGCAAUUUGUUCCCCAACGGUAUCAUCUCCAACGAUUCAUUCAUAUUGCACUUUAAUGAUAUCAUUAUCUCUGCCAGUCUCAGAUUUGGGCUCCUCUUUCACCCUACACUUCACACCCUCUCUCACGCAGACAGCGACUAUUCCUAAUUUCUUAUCAAUUGUGAACAUGCAAGAUCUUUUAUCUUUUGAUCUAGUACUCGACCAGUAAUUCCCUUGAUCAGUAAGCUUAGUUUCAAAGAGUGCUUUUAUGUCUAGCUGUACAGUAUUCAACAACACUCUGAGGCCGUAUGCAGUGUUUCUUAUACUCUUAUAGUGAGUAUAGAACACCUGUUGGCAACGUUUCUGUAAUGUUUUAUUAUUUAGAAUUAUCUCCAUAGUUUCCUUUGAUUUGGAAACAAAUAAUAGUCAAAAAAGGGUUCAAAGGUGUCAUCAAGAUUUGACUCCUUUUUCAGUUGUAUUAUUUUCCAUAUGUUUACAAAAAUACUAAUAACCACUAACAGUUUACAGUCUUGCACACAGUUUCUUCUAAUGAAUCUUCCAAACCUGCUAUUUGUACUGAUGAUUUUGUAAAAACAAAACAAAAACAACAACAAAUCAACUUAUACAAUAUACAGGUGACAAAUAAAACGAGACAAUACAAA